ACUGGAACUACGCGGCCAUCGUAACGAAUUCCUCUCGUUACUUGCAACGAUUUUUUAGGCUCGAUGCUUGUUGCUUGGUUUGAAAUCUCACGUCACGCGGAUUACGUAUCUUUUUUUCGUGUUUGUCGAGGUAUUUCCUUUUCUUUUUUCUUUCUUUUUUUUAUCGUUCUUUGCAUAGAAUACGUAAGCGUAACGUAUAAGUGAAAGUCGGGGAAAGCUACAGUGCAAUUCUACUGCGCAUGUGCUUUUCUAUUGGAUAAUUAAUUGAACCUAUGACCAUGUGCCAAUGGUCUUGCACCACAUGAAUUUUGUUUGGCGUUAAAGUUUCGUUUUAAAAUUAAGACGCAAGAAUGACUAUUGCCAUUGGAUUCGAGGGCAGCGCAAAUAAGCUAGGUGUCGGAAUUAUCCGAAAUCAAGAUGUUCUCUCAAACGUCCGGCAUACGUAUAUCACUCCACCCGGCGAAGGUGAACCUAACCUUUCAUGUUAUUACUUUUACCGUCAUACGCAAGUUAUAACGCACAAGAAUAAUUGAUACUUCUGUCUAUUUUAAAAAGGAUUUCUGCCCCGCGAAACUGCGCAACAUCAUAGAGAAUGUAUUCUCAAUAUUCUGCAAAAGGCGUUGGAUGAAGCUAAAAUAAUGUUGAAAGAUGUGGACGUCAUAUGUUACACAAAAGGGCCAGGAAUGGGUGCGCCAUUAACAGUCGCUGCAUUGGUAGCAAGAACAGUUGCCCAGAUAUACAAUAAACCGAUAGUCGCGGUGAAUCAUUGUAUCGGUCAUAUAGAAAUGGGACGAUUGAUCACAGGAAGUGUAAAUCCAACUGUUCUAUAUGUUUCUGGAGGGAAUACACAGGUUAUUGCAUAUUCUCGGCAAAGAUACCGUAUUUUUGGCGAAACAAUAGACAUAGCUGUUGGAAAUUGUUUAGAUCGUUUCGCAAGAUUACUGAAACUUUCUAAUGAUCCUAGCCCCGGUUACAAUAUUGAACAGCUGGCGAAAAAAGGGAAAAAAUUAGCUCCAUUGCCUUAUGUAGUGAAAGGAAUGGAUGUGUCCUUUUCGGGAAUUUUAAGUUACAUAGAAGAACAUCUGUCUGGUUGGCUCGAUUCGAAGGAAUUUACUGCAGAGGACUUGUGUUUCUCUUUACAAGAAACAGUAUUUGCCAUGCUUAUUGAAAUUACAGAGAGAGCAAUGGCUCAUGUAAAAUCAUCGGAAGUAUUGAUAGUUGGUGGUGUAGGAUGUAAUGAAAAGUUGCAAGAUAUGAUGAAAGUUAUGUGUGAGGAAAGAAAUGCUGUGCUUUAUGCUACAGAUGAACGGUUUUGUAUAGAUAAUGGUGUAAUGAUUGCUGUAGCUGGAUUACUUCAAUAUAAAACUCAAGGGCAUACUUCAUGGGCAGAAACAACUUGUGUACAACGAUAUAGAACAGAUGAUGUACACAUUUCUUGGAGAGAAUAAAGUAAUUUUAUAUGAA